CCUGUCGGUAAAGUCUGAGUACAACUUUGUUUACAUUUUGUUUAUAAAAUUUUCGUCAAGAUGUGUCCACUUCUUCGUGUCUACGUUUAUGGUUGUGCUGUUUUUCUUGAUAUAAAUCUUCAACCGAAUCGACGGCUUCAACUAAUGUCAAAAUUUCUUAAUAUUUUAAAAGCAAAAUGCUACGAAGACCGUGUUCAUAUAUCAAGCGUUUAUUUUUAUAAAAUACAGUUUGAAUUUUUUUAUUAAAUCAAACCAUUUUUAUUGUAUUGUUUGUAUACUUAUUUACCAUUUAAACAGACAUAUAUUUUAUACAUAAAUUUAACUUAUUGUCUUUUUAGAUGGAAAGCGAAAACACAAAUGAGACGGGGAAAAAGGGUGUCUUUGUUUGGCGCGAAUACCAUGACAGAUAUUUGUUGGGGGAAGUGCUAACUUUUGAGCCAUACAAGUAUCGUUUCGGCUCGAAGGAAAGGGGAUCUGCGUGGACUUCAAUUGCCGAACAUUUGGAAGAAUUUGGCAUGAAGGUCAGCCAAAGAUCGGUGAGGGAGCGGUUUAGUCGGAUGAUGGAUGCAUUUAAGAAGAAAGAAGCGGUUGAGAAGAGAGCUAGUGGUGUGGAUGUUGACUAUACAGAGAAGCACAAAGCAUUGCUAGAUAUCAUGGAGAGGAUGGAAGAGUGCGAAGCAGAAAGUGAGCAAGAAAAACAGAAGGAAUUGCGGGAAAAGGAAACAGCUGAAGAGAUGAGGAAGCGUGCGGUCGAGAGGUUUGGUGAGACGAGGAAGAGGUUGAAUAGUGAGAAUGUAGAUGGGGAGAUGCCAAAUGGAAAACGGAAAAGGAGUGGGGAAAUGAUAGAAGUGCUAAAGGAGUCUAUAAAGGCAACCAAAGAAAGAGAGGAAGCUGAAAGAGAAAUGCGAGAAAGGGAUAUGAGUCUAAAAGAGCAGCAGUUAGCAAUGCAACAGCAGUUCCAGCAAAGUCUGUUGGAACAACAGCAGCAGUUUCAAGUGCAACAACAAGCCAUGACUAUGGCAAUUGUCAAUGCAAUGACUGAAUUGGUAAAAACCAUUAAAAAGUAAAUUUUCCUUUUAUUUAACAUUUGCAUGGCAACAACUUUUUAUAUUACAACCAGAAUAUUUAUAUGUUAAUAAUAUGUACAGUGUAAAUAUCAAUUUAUGAAUAGGAAAUUAUUAUUU